CCUCGACCUCAUCGCCACAACACCACCCUUCAUUCCUCUGCUGGCCGUCGUCUUCCUCUCCACUUCACUCCACUCCAUUUCCUUCUUGAACCGGUCAAAAUGCUCGCGACGUCGCGACAGGCAGCAUUGGCGCUGCGCGCCAAGCCCAUGACCGCAGUCACGCCGUUCAAAGUCGCCGCCGCCUCGAUAUCGCAAUCUACGAAAAAGCCAGCACAGGAGGUCGCGCCUGUUCGAGGAUAUGGUUCAGGGAAUGUCAAGGGCAACCCAGGCCCGCCACCGAGCAUGAAGGCAUUGAGUAAGAAGAUGGACCAGGAGGUGCCUUUGGCUAGUCAAGAGGGGAACAAGAGCGCCGUGCAAUACGCACUCACUACCCUCGAUUCCAUCGCCAACUGGGCGCGUCAAGGCUCGCUCUGGCCAUUGACUUUCGGACUCGCCUGCUGCGCCGUCGAGAUGAUGCACCUUUCUACGCCACGAUACGACCAAGAUCGCCUCGGUAUCAUUUUCCGUGCUUCUCCGCGUCAAUCCGAUGUCAUGAUUGUGGCAGGCACCCUCACAAACAAAAUGGCUCCCGCGCUGCGACAAGUCUACGAUCAAAUGCCAGACCCACGAUGGGUCAUCUCCAUGGGCUCAUGCGCGAACGGAGGCGGAUACUAUCACUACUCAUACUCAGUGACAAGGGGGUGUGACCGAAUUGUGCCAGUGGAUAUUUAUGUGCCAGGCUGCCCACCCACGAGCGAGGCGCUGAUGUAUGGCAUUUUCCAACUGCAGAAGAAGAUGAGGCAUACCAAGAUCACGAGAAUGUGGUACAGGAAGUAGAGGAAAGAGGCGUGGACGGAAGCGGCAUACGUGUUCUGGCGUUUUGAGGAGCGGGAAUGCUACAAUAGGACACCACUACCCAUCGUGUUCAUAUGUACAUAUUGUGGAAUGAUAUGCUAAGAGUGAUCAUUCAGUCUCGCCGGCUUCGAGGACAUACCUGCCAUCUGCUGCUCUCUAGCGUUGUUUGCGUGAUGGUGGCACCGC